AUGUACUCUCAAGGUGAUCAGCUAAUCCGCCAGCUGAGAAUCUAUGAUUCCACAGCUGGUGAAUUAGAACAAUACGAGGAGCCUCAAGAUGAGUUCACUUCUCUCAAAAUUUUAGAUCGGUGUCCUGAAUUUGUUCCCCCAAUCAAUUUUGCUAUAGUAGAGGAUGGUAUCUACAGGUCAGGUCAUCCUCAAGCAUUCAAUUUUCCGUAUUUACAAAAACUGAACCUAAAAACAAUCAUAUAUUUGGGUGACAAGACGGACAACUAUGACUAUUACCGGUGGCUCCGCGAUCAAGGUAUAGAUUUUCAUUACCUAAAUAUGCAAAGCUGUGUAGAGCCGUUUAUGUUCAAGGAUGACUCGGUUAUUCAGCAGGCUCUGAAGCUAAUUGUUCACAAAGAAAACUACCCAAUGUUAAUUCAUUCGAAUAAGGGCAAACAUAGGGUGGGGGUAUUAGUGGGUAUCAUGAGAAAACUGCUUCAGGGGUGGUGUAUUUCUGGCAUAUUUGAUGAGUAUGGACGUUUUGCCGGGGGAAAAGGGGAGGGCGAUGUGGAGUACAUCGAGACAUUCAAAACCGAUUUACUGAUCGACAAGAACACCAAACCAGAGUUCGUCCGAGUGGGGUAA